AUGGCUCCGAGAAAGCACGAGUUGUGCUUCAUGGCUUUGAGAAAGUUGUCUCUGGUAGUCUUCGUUGUCCUGCUUGCUUCCUACCAUCCAACGGCAGCAAUUGAAAGAGUGAAUGAAACAAUUCUAAAGCUCUGGAAUUAUAAAGGGUGCUAUAGGCUCAUAUUAGAAAACUUUGCUACUAUUUUAGAAGAUUCUACGUUAAUUGAAUGGAUCACAUUAAAAAACUCUGCUAUGUAUUUAAAUGUUUUUACGUUAAUUGGUUGUCGGAAAGAGUGUAUUAUCGACAACUACUAUGGCAUAGGCAUAAUGAUAGAAGAAAUGUGCUUUUGUCUAAAAAGUUUUGAGGACAAAGUCGUUGAGACGAAAUGUGAUAAACUUUGUUCUGAUGGCUUUCCGUGUGGAGGGAAUAAAUUCAUUUCUUUAUAUGAAAAGAACACCGUCAUUCCGGUCGGAUGUUUUUCGGGUAUAAACGUUCAACCGAGAACGGUGAUGUCAUCGAUUCCUUCUGAUUGCGUAGAAACAUGCUUCGAACAUAUGUAUAAGUAUAGCACUUUCAAUAGUUCUGUCUGCAUAUGUGGAAAUGAUUUCACAACGGAGAAUCAGAUGAAACUUGCUGAUUGUGAUGAUGAUAAAAGAAUUUUUAAACUCUUUGACGUUUCUCUGGAAACAGAAAAGCACAACAUCUCAACAAUAUACCAAUACUGCCUGAAUAAUGUAGUUGAGAGCAAAAAGAGUUAUUGUACAUCCACAGUUUGUUUGCCAGGCUGGAGCGGAAAGCUUUGCAAUCAGAAAGGAAUGACACUACCUGAAUUAAAUGAAAUUACAACGAGCUCCUCAAGAACACCGAAUGUGACUGACCGAAUCUCUAACGUUCCAAUAAUAUCGAAUGUGACUGACCGAAUCUCUAACGUUCCAAUAAUAUCGAAUGUGACUGACCGAAUCUCUAACGUUCCAAUAAUAUCGAAUGUGACUGACGGAACAGACGUGGAAACACCAGCAAGUGAUCCCAUCACUUCAUGUGAAGAAAAUAAUGGAGGAUGUGGUGAGGACGUCUGUGUUGAGGUUCAAGGUGAUGUAUUUGAUGUUCAAGUCAAGUGCAAUCCGCCAGAUGAAGAAAUAUUCACAGUACCCGAAGUUUAUGAGAAUUCAAGCCUCGAUAAACCUAAGAGCGACUGGAAUUACAAGGGUUGUUUCAACAAAGUGCAGUCUUCUAAGGAGCUGAUGAUUAUUUCAGUAAAAUCGUGUUUUGAAUAUUGUAAAGAAACAUCAUUCUACGCAAUGAAUAUUAAAAGAUUUUUUGAAUUUAAAAAAUUCAGGAUGGUCGGUUAUGCACAUGUACCAACAGUGUUGAGAAUGAAGCUGGUGCCGACAAAUGCAAUAAGAAAUGUUCAGAUGGGCUGUCGUGUGGGGGAAAAAUCAAAUCAAUCAAUUGCGAUUGGCUGUUUCAAAUACCUGGAACUUGAGCACAAACAUGAUCAAUUAUUAAGUAAAGCUUUUUGUUUGGACAAAUGCAAGGAGCUUGGGUUUCCGUACAGCGGGACCAGAGAUGAAACAUGCCAAUGCGGAAGAAAAAUAGAAUUCAAAGACCAGUUGAACAAGGAACAAUGCGAAGAACCUUCUGUGUUCGCUCUCCUUUCUGACGUUUCGCCGGAUUUGGAUGCUCAAGGAAAACCGACAAAAUACAACUACUGCAUGAAUGAUAAGAUAGAAAGUAAGCAAGCUUACUGUAAAACUGGUCAUUGCAAAAUAGGCUGGACUGGAGCACUCUGUGAUAAGAGAAAUUGCGGUGUUAAUAACGGUGACUGUGGCAAGGAAAUGAUGUGUGUCCAAGAAAUAGUAAACAAUAUCAUGUUUGAAAAAUGCCUGUGCGGAAAAGGUUUUGUAACAACCAUUGAAUCUCAAUGUAAAAAGCAGGAAAUAAUGAGAGAAGAUGAGACAGACGCGGGUAACUAUCCUCCCGGUAUUGUCAUAACGAUAAUCAUUGUCUGUCCACUUUUGAUCUCAAUGGGCAUUGGACUCAUCACGUACCUCUUAUGCAAAAGUCAGUGCGGUUAA